AUGCUGCGGCGGCUGGCGCCGCUGGCGCUGCGCGCGCGGCCGGUGCCGCUAGCGCUGCCGCUCCCGCGGCCGCAGGCGACGGCGCCGCCGACGCGGCCUCCGCCGCGUGCGCCGCCGCCGCGGCCGCGGCCCGCUGCGGCUGCCGCCGCUGGCUCCCUUCCGGCGGCGGCGGCGGCCGGCGACGCCGCGGCCGGCGUCGCGGCUGCCUUUGCGGCGGCCGCUGCAGCCCUGCCCGACUGCCUGCCGCGCAGCCAGCCUGACGGUCAGCCCCGCGGCCUGCCUGGCUGCCCGCCCCACGGCCCGCCGGGCGGCCAGCCCGACGGCCCGCCCCGUGGCCAGCCAG